AUGGUCGCGCUCAACAUCCCGUCCGCCCUGCGCGCGCUGCUCGCCACCGCCAUGGCCUCCGCGCUCCAGAGCGGAUGGCCGAACGUGUCUUCGGACAACGUGUGGGGCACGGUUGCUGAUUGCAGCAUCGCCGGGUUCGUACCGCAGUUUCCCGCGGGACAGACACAGCUGGUUGUUCCGACGGACCUGCAGCCGCGGUUCAUCGGCCUCGCGUUCGGCGUGCAGAACUACACCUGCAGCUCGACCAACACGUACACAAACGUGGGCGCGUAUGCAGAGAUUCUUGACCUCUCCUGCUACGUGAACGCGAGCUGGUUCAACAACGUGCAGUACCCGGCGUACCAGGCGUGGACGAACGUGUCGCGCGACGUCAGCAUUGCAACGGUGAUCGACUUUAUCCACUUCGUGAACCCGCCGCAGAACCUCGCGCAGCACUACUUCGUCCCUAACCCUACCACCGGUUCCGGACUUUCCCCGAAGUGGGACUUCACGUCUUCCGGCAAGUUCAAUGGCAAUCCGAAUGCGUAUGUCAUCGGCAAAGUCAACGGAACGCUGCCGUCGCCCGAUAACGCGACGGACGACGUGGCCUGGCUCGAGGUGCUGAAGGUCGAGGGAGAUAUUGCAGAUGAGGUGUUCAGGUAUGACACUGUGGGCGGACAGCCACCAUCUUCCUGCACGUACGGGAAGAGCGCGAACAUUUCCGUGGACUAUUCCGCGAAGUACAUCUUUUAUGGAGGGUCUCUUUCUUAG